CUUGCUCCAGCAGCAGGAGCAGCCUCAGCCACCAUCCUGUCAGUUACACCCACCAUUCAACAAGCAAGCCACUCUCCAGAUAUGCCCUGUAUGCAAGCCCAAUACAACCCUUCAGCCCCUUGCUCAAGUUAUGCUGCUCAAACUUCUUAUGCUUCAGAGUACAGUCCUGAGAUCAUGAACCCUGACUACGCAAAGCUGACCAUGGAAUUAAGUAGUGCUGAGAUCAGUGCCACUGCUACCACCUCUCUGCCCAGUUUCAGUACCUUUAUGGAAGGUUAUUCUGGGGGUUAUGAACUGAAGCCCUCCUGCCUAUACCAAAUGCAAUCUGUCUCCUCUUCUUCAUCACCUUCCUCUGCAAGCCAGAGACCCCUCAUCAAGAUAGAAGACAAUCGGAUGCACAGUUAUCACCCUUCACUUUCUCUAACGGUGGAUGAAAGCAUGCCCAGCACCUCCACGUACUUCAAGCAGUCCCCACCCUCUACACCUUCAGCCCCUGGGUUUACACCCCAACAGACCUGGGAUGAAUCACCCUCACAUUCUCUUUCACCAGCACAGACUUGCAUGGCCCCAUGCCACCUGGUAGACACUGCCUCUAUGAAAACCAUGCCUGGCCGCUUUCCACUUUUCCAUUUCAAGCAUUCACCACCCCAUAUACCUAUUGCAGGUGGCCACAUGUGCUAUGAUGCCACUGGUUUGAGCCUACCCAUCGGAUCAGAUAGGCCUAGUGCUAGUCAAGCAGCUAUGGAAAAUCAUCCAUAUGGGCACCCUAUGUCCAAGAGAGUAGCCUCUUUAGCUUUUACACCACUGGGCCUCAAUACAGCCACUUCCAACCUUCUAGGUGAGAGCAGCAGUAGCAGCAGCGGCCUUCCUUCUCCAUCUAGCAGAAGUUCUUCAGCAGGAGAAGGAACUUGUGCUGUGUGUGGGGACAAUGCGGCUUGCCAGCACUAUGGUGUUCGGACUUGUGAGGGAUGCAAAGGCUUCUUCAAGAGAACAGUUCAGAAAAAUGCAAAAUAUGUUUGCCUGGCCAAUAAAAACUGCCUAGUAGAUAAGCGUCGUCGGAACAGAUGUCAGUACUGCCGAUUUCAGAAGUGUCUCAGUGUUGGUAUGGUAAAAGAAGUUGUCCGUACUGACAGUUUGAAAGGAAGAAGAGGCCGGCUACCUUCAAAACCAAAGAGUCCUUUGCAGCAAGACCCUGUGCAGCCCUCCCCUCCAUCUCCUCCAAUCAGUAUGGUGAAUGCUCUUGCGCAAGCCCUAUCUGAUUCUGCACCCCAGGAACUUGAUUACUCCAGAUACUGUUCUACGGAACAAACUUCUGCAGGUACAGAUGCAGAGCAUGUACAACAAUUCUACGAUCUUCUCACUGCCUCCAUUGAAAUAUCUAGAGACUGGGCAGAAAAAAUCCCAGGAUUUACUGAUCUCCCUAAAGAAGAUCAAACUUUACUCAUAGAAUCAGCUUUUUUGGAACUUUUUAUAUUACGACUAUCCAUAAGAUCUGACAUUAGUGAAGACAAGCUUGUUUUCUGCAAAGGGCUUGUGCUUCAUCGACUUCAGUGCCUUCGUGGAUUUGGGGAGUGGCUUGACUCAAUUAAAGAUUUUUCUUUAAAUUUACAAAGCCUCAACCUUGACAUCCCAGCCUUAGCAUGUUUGUCAGCUCUAAGUAUGAUUACAGAGUGGUGAUUCAGAGAUGGCUGACAAUCUCUUUCACAGCUUGGAUGCAGCUCAACGUAAGAAGUGGGAACAAUAUACAGAAUCACUAAAUUUCAGCAAAUUCAGCAGGAGAUUAUUAAAGAAACUGGGUGGAGCUAGACAACCCACCUGACAAACACCCAAUGUAACUCUUGACCAAAUGGUCUCUCAAGUUGUAUUUCUCUCCAAAGCUCCAAGGGUGAAAGGACACUCCACUCUCAUCAAGAAAGCGCUUUCAACUUUUUGGCAAAAAGGCUGAAAGUUUUCUGAGUAUGCCAGUCCUUCUCUAUAAAGGAAAUUGAUGCUACCAUUGACAGUCUGAAAUGUGGUAAAGCACCAAACUUCAAUGGAAUUCAUCCAGAAUUCCUGGUAAACUCCAGGAGACACACACAGGAUUGGAUUGGUAAAUUCCUUUCAGACGUAGUUUCCAAUGGCUACCUCCCACCAGAAUUAAAAAAAAACUAAAAUAAUAUCACUUCUAAAAUUUGGCAAACCAGAAGACAGAGUUGAAAGCUACCACCAAUCCCUUUUGCUACAAACUCCUGGAACUAUUAAUUAUAAACAGAAUAGAUCCCAUAAUACAUGAACAUCUGCUGUAGAACAAGCUGACUUCUGACAAGACCAGUGUAGUGUAGACUAGUGCUAACUCUAGCAGCCAUAUUGAAGCAGGAUUACAAUGAUGUGCUUCCACCUUAACAACAAACCAGCUUAUGAAGCUCUGAAGGUUUAUUUAAACAACAACUUAUUCCCUGUGAUCCCCAUCUAAGGUACUUUGGAGUAACAUUGGACCGGACUCUCUCCUACAAGAAAAACCUAGGGAAUACAGUGGCAAGAAUCAAUAGUUGGAGCAAUGUACUCCAGAAAUUAUGUGGAACUAAAUGGGAAAUUUCAGCUGCCACCCUCAGGUCAUCAGCAUACUAGGGUUGAUCAUCUCAAAGGUGCUUUUUCAGGAGGCAAUCAAACUUUCUUAUUUUUUUCUUUUAAAGAAAAGUCUGCUUGCCUCCUGAAAAAGCACCUUUGGGACAACCAUGACCUGGAUGACUGAGAAUCUCUACUAGGGUUGGUCAACUGCACUGCAGAAUAUUAUGCUUCUGCGUGGCUUAGCAUACUAUGCUAUUAUGCACCAAACUCAACAACCCCAUAGUAUUAUAAGCAGAUGUAUUAAAACCAUUCCAACUUGCUGGCUUCCUGUCUUGAGCCAAAUAGCGCCACCAGCUUUAAAGCAGAUGCGCUAGUGAGAGAAUACAGAAAAAUUAUGAACAACAACUAAUGGUGGAUCCAACCUUCCUCAUUUAACUAAGGAAGAUUCAAAUCCAGGAAAUCCCCCCCUCCCGGCAUUUGCAAAACAUCAAUUCCAAGUGGAAAGCUAAAUGGGUCGCUGAACACUUAGGCAUAUAAAUGACACUCCCCCCCCCAAAAAAAAAGAUUCCAGGCUUUGAACUACCAUCUCAGCAAUGGAAAAUCUUGAAUAGGAUUCAUACCUACCAUCUUGUAGGCCUCUCUGUAUAAAUGAGGCAUAGUAUCAUCCCCUGAGUAUGAUUGCGGGGUCCCACAUCAAAUUGUAGAUCAUAUCAUGACCCGCUGUAAACUGAGGGCAUAUACCAAUCCAGUAUCUAAUUUUUAAAAAUAUAAAUAAUGCUGUGCUUUAGUGAUUAGAUGGCAUAGACAUUGGUAUUUGAACAUAGAUCUUUUUAACAUUUAUAUUUUAUUGUGUUUCGUGUUUUGCUAAUCUAGGUGAAAUAUUACUAUAUAUUGCUAGUCCAUAUAUGAUAUUUAAUAUGCUAAAUAAAUAAAUCAAAGAAAAUGACUGUGAAUUCAUUUUCUGAUAUCAUAGAAUCAUAGGGUAGAAAAGGCUUGGAGGUCUUCUAAGUCAAGCCCCUGCCCAAUGCUGGAGACCUUAUACCUGUGAUGGCAAACCUAUGGCACACAUGCCACAGGUGGCAUGCGGAGUCAUUUGUUAGGGCAUGCUAGGCGUUGCCCUAUCAGAUCCAGUGCACAUGCAUGCCCUGAAGCCUUCGGGGGCGAAAAACAACCCAACGCACAAACCUGAAGUUCAGGAAUGGACUUCCAGUUUGCACCUUGGGCCGUUUUUUCCCCUCUUAAGACUAUAGCAAACAAAGCAACAUCUCAUUUAAAAUGCAUCUGGGAAAUAUAGCUCUGUGA